AUGUAUUUGACCAGUUUUAGAUCAGCAGUUUUUUCAAAGAGACUCAAACCCCUUAGUAUCAUCGCUUUGCCAAAACAUAUCAUUAAGAGAUACUAUAAACAAGAUAUUCACCCCACUACCCCUGCAAUAACCAGAUUUGCACCAUCUCCAACGGGAUUAUUGCAUUUGGGGUCCUUAAGAACUGCAUUGUACAAUUAUUUGCUGGCUCGGAGUACAAACGGGAAAUUUAUACUUCGAUUAGAAGAUACAGAUCAAAGUCGAAUACAUCCGGAAGCUAUAAGCAAUAUUUAUGAAACUUUAAAAUGGUGUGGGAUUAACUAUGACGAAGGAUUUAUUAAACAAAGCGAUAGGCUCCCGAUAUAUCAUAAAUAUAUCAAAAUUCUUUUGGAUUCAGGUGCUGCAUACCAUUGCUUUUGUACUAAAGAUAGACUUGAACAACUCAGACGUAAGAACUCUAAUACACCAAAUUCACCUAGUUAUGAUAGAAAUUGUUACCACUUAGAUACUGAGAUAGUGGAAUCUAAUUUGACUGCUAACCUACCGUAUACUAUUAGGUUAAAAUCUCCUGAUCGAUAUCCACCGUUCACAGAUUUACUACAUGGUCAAGUGGAUAUACAAUUGAAUCAAAAAGAAAGAGGAGUUUGGUUUGAUGAUCCGAUCUUAAUUAAAUCUGAUGGGUAUCCAACUUACCAUUUCGCUAAUGUUGUCGAUGAUCAUUUAAUGGGCAUUACGCACGUCAUUAGAGGAGAGGAAUGGUUACCAUCGACACCAAAACAUGUUGCGUUAUAUCAGUUGUUCGGCUGGGAUAUGCCAAAAUUUAUUCAUAUUCCAUUAUUAACCAGUAUCGAUGAUAAGAAACUGAGUAAAAGAAAAGGAGACUUUUCUGUGCUGAGUUUAAAAGAGAAAGGUGUUUUACCGGAAGCUUUGGUUAAUUUUUGUGCCUUACUAGGUUGGUCUCCUCCAAGAGAUAUUGCUAAAGCCAAUCAUGAGUGUUUUACCAUGAACGAAAUAGAGAAAUUGUUCAAUUUAAAUCACCUAACUAAAGGUAAUGUUAAAGUUGAUUAUAAAAAAUUAUGGUUCUUUAAUAAACAUUUUUUACGUGAGAAGAUCAAAGAUCCAGAGAAGUUAUCGAAGAUUGUAGCGGAUAUUUUAACGUCAGCUAAAGAAGAAUUUGGUUCCGACAACGUCUCCUCUGAUGUGAUAUCACAAAUCCUGAUUAAUUGUGGAGACGUUUUGACAUCAAUAAAUGACUUCAAUGAAAUGUUUUGGUACUUUUUCAAGAGGCCUAAUUUAACUGAUAAUGUCGCUCAAGAGUUUUUAUCAUCUCGGGAUACUAAUGAAAUUAAAAAUGUUCUAACUCUAUGCCAAGGUAAUUUAGGGGCAACUAGUUUACAAGAUUUAGUCAAGGCAAUUAAAUUGGAAGUGAACAUUAAGAAGAAAAUCGUAUUUGAAACGUUAAGAUAUGCCUUGACGGGACUACAUCCCGGUACUAAAUUACCGAUAAUAAUAGAUAUUUUAGGCAAGGAAGAAUGCAAUCACAGGAUAAAAGAAGCACUGCACAAAGUUAUAAACUAUCAGAAUUCACAUUAA